GUGAUUUUUUUAAAGGAGUUGGCAGGAAGCGGGGCUGGCUCCUUCAUUCGCAGGCUAGGCUCACCCUGAGCAGGAGCGGCCGGAGCCCGCCGGGGGCUGCCGGGCGGACAUCCCCAUUGUUACCGGUGCUGGGCGGACUCCCCCCGGGGCGAGCGGACAGAAGCGGGGCGCCGGGAGAGCGGCAGCCGCACACACCGACAUGGGCGCGGGCAGCUCGGCGGAGCAGCGGAGUCCGCAGGACGCGCCCACUGCAGCAGCGGAGUCCGAGCCUGCCAGUCCGGAGGCGGCGGCGGCGGCGCCGCUUGAGCAGCCCGAGGACCCCGCCAAGCUUUUACAGAAGAAUGGACAGAUAUCCAACAUUAAUGGUAUAGCAGAAGAGCAAGUGGAGCUAAACCUCCAGCCAGGGGAGCUGAAUGAACAGCAGACAGAAACAUUUGUAACAGAUGUUGGACAAAGAGAACCUGCGAAUGUGACUGUAAAAGAAGAGCUAGCUGAAAAUAUGGAAGCCAUGCCACCAGAAUCAACCGAUAAGGAUCAUGUGGAAGACGGACAGAAGGAUGUUCAAGAAGCUAAUGAACAGCUGCCAUCAGAAGAAGAAAAAGUAGAAGAGCUAGAACAGCCCAGUGAAUCUCAGUCUAAUGAUGUUGGAUUUAAAAAGGUUUUUAAAUUUGUUGGUUUCAAGUUUACUGUUAAAAAAGAUAAGACUGAAAAGUCUGAACCUGUUCAGCUACUGACUGUAAAAAAAGAGGAAGCAGAAGUGGCAGCAAAUGGAGCUGGAGAUCAUAAAGAAGUCAAGCUGGAAAUGGUGGAGGAAGCAACAGAAAGUGAAGUGACCCAUCCUGCAGAAAAGAUUGAAGAAGAACCAAAGAGUGAGGAAAGGAAAGAUGAAUCUCUUCCUGAAAAGGUAGCAGAAAGCCCAAGUGAGGAAGCUGAAGGAAACGAAGAGGCAGAAGGAAAAAAAGAACCUAGCAAGUCACCGGAGUCUCCAACAAAUGGAUUAGUUAAUGAAACUGCAUCACCACUAAGAAAAUUCUUUACUCAGGGUUGGGCUGGGUUUAGGAAAAAGACAAGUUUUAGGAAGCCUAAAGAAGAUGAGCAGCAGACUCCUGAGAAAGAAAAGGAAGAGCGAGAAAGGGAAGUGGCAGAGAUCCCAGUAGAAGCACAUGAGAAGGAGAAAACUGAGAAAGAAAAGGAAGAGCAAGAAAGGGAAGUGGCAGAGAUCCAAGUAGAAGCAAGUUUGAAGGAGGAAGUUAUUAUUCCUUCUGAACAGCCACUUCCACAAGAGACCGUUGAAAGUGUAAACAAGGAAUCUGAAGUGUCCUUUGAAGAAAAAGUAGACCUAUCCCCUGAAGAAAAACCAAAACCAGUGAAAGAAUGUAAAAUAUCCUUAGAAGCAAAACCUGAAAUACACUUUGAAGAGAAAUCUGAACAACCAGCUCCCACGACCAUGGAAAUAUUUGGUGAAAAAUUAGAAAAACCUCAAGGCAAAUCUAAAGAAGAACCUGAACCUGUAGCUCCAAUGACAACAGAAGUGUUUGAUGAAAACACUGAGAAACCUGAACCAAAAGCUCCACUGGCAACUGAAAUCUUUGAUGAAAAGUUAGAGACAGAGGAAGAAGUUCAUGUUAGCACUACAGUGGCGAAAGAGGUUAAAACAAAUGAGAUAGAACAAAUGCUCUCCUCAGCUUCUGAACAAUCAGUUGAAGGAGAUGGUGAGCUACAAAGAAUUCAACCCACUGAGGAACAACUAAAGGCCAAAGAAACAGUAUGCAUAGUAGUAGAUGACCACAUCAAGCAAACAGAAUCAAGCCCUGAAGAUGCAGCAGCAUGUAAGCCUCCAGAAGGCAUCACGACUGAGGUUGAACUGUUGUCAUCACAAGAGCGAGCCAAAGUGCAAGGCAGCCCCUUAAAGAAACUUUUUACAGGAACUGGCUUAAAGAAGCUUUCUGGAAAGAAGCAUAAAGGAAAGAGAGAAGAAACUAAGCCAGGGGAACAAGUAGAACAAAUUCAACAUUUAGCUGAUUCCCCAGAAAGUCCAGAAGAACAGAAGGCAGAGAGCUCUGCCUCUUCACCUGAAGAAUCAACAGAGCCUCCUUCUGUGGAGAAAGCCAUAGAUGCAACACGGGUCACUGAAACCGAAGAAGGAGUAAUUUCAGAUGUAGAGAGGAAAAGAGAGUGUGUAACUCCUUGGGCAUCAUUUAAAAAGAUGGUGACUCCCAAGAAACGUGUCAGAAGGCCUUCUGAAAGUGACAAAGAAGAGGAAAUUGAUAAGGCAAAGAGUGCUACCUUGUCUUCUACUGAAAGUGCAGUCUCUGAAACUCAGGAAGAAACUAAAGUAAAUGGUGAGGAGCAGAAGCUAGAAAAAAGCACAGAAGAGCCAAAACGAAAGGUUGAUACUUCUGUAUCAUGGGAAGCCUUAAUUUGUGUAGGUUCCUCUAAGAAAAGAGCUAGGAAAUCCUCCUCUUCUGAUGAGGAAGUAGGACAGAGGCUUGCUCAAGAAGGCCAAAAAAUAGAUGAAGUUGGCCAAAGCAAAGAAACUGCACCAGACACGAUCCUAACUAGUUCCCAAGAAAGUGAUCAAGGACAAGGAAGUUCCUCACCAGAACAAGCUGGAAGUCCAUCUGAAGGAGAGGGUGUUUCAACCUGGGAAUCAUUUAAAAGAUUAGUCACUCCAAGAAGAAAAUCCAAAACCAAAAUGGAAGAGAGAACUGAAGAAUCUGUGUUAGUUUCCAGCCUAGAACAUUCUACUUCAGAUGGUGAACCUGGAAAAGAAGAAACAUGGGUUUCAUUUAAAAAAUUAAUACCUGGUCGUCGGAAGAAAAAGUCAGAUGGGAAGCCAGAACAAGCUUGUGUUGAGGAAGCUGGAGAAGAGAUGACAGAAACCAAUGAAGAAGACUCUGAUGUUCCAGCUGUUGUUCCUUUAUCUGAGUAUGAAGCAGCUGAACAAGAGAAAAUUGAGGCCCAACAAGCAACACAAACUGAGGCAAUAAGGGAAGAAACUUUAGAUGAAAAGAGAGCUGAAAAAUUAGAAGAUACCUUAAUUAUUGAGCAAUUUAAUGAAGGACUGGUUCAUGCAGUUACUGUGACUGUUGUAGAGGGGGAGAGAGCAGUUACCAGUAUUGAAGAAAGGUCACCAUCUUGGAUAUCUGCUACUGUGACAGAGUCCAUUGAACAGGAAAAAGAUGAUGAAGAACAAACUGAGCAGAUAUUUGAAACUGAAGUUGUUGUAGAAAAGACAGUGGUGGUUUCUAAAACUUUGCCAGAGUUGAGAAAGGACAUUAGUGAUGAUACUAUAGUAAGUGAGCUGGAGUUAACCUCAGAAGCAUUGACAGCACUGGAAGAGGCAACAGAAGUUUCCUGUGGUGAAGAAGCAACAGAAGUGUCCCUUGCAGAGGAGACAACUGAGAUGGUUUCUGCAGUGUCACAGUUAACUGAAUCCCCAGACACUACAGAAGAAGUUACACCUGUACAGGAGAUAGAAGGGACUGAGCAAAAUUUAGAAGAAUUAAAUAAACAAACACAGGAAAUUCUUGAGGAAGUUGUAGAAAGAGUGAAGCUAUCAGAUGAAGUACAGAUGAUUAGUGAAAGAACUGUGACUGGAGUCAUAAUUCAGUCAGUGCAGAAAAUUGGAUCUGAAAUGAAAGAUGAAGUUACAGUCCUAUGCAAAGAAACUGAGUUGGUUGAACAGUCCUUAAAGAAAGAAGAACCUGAAGAGGCUGACAUUCAACACAUAGAAAGUGCAGGAACGGUUCGAGGCAAAAAUGAAGCUGACGAAAGCGUUCUACAGGAAGUGUCAGAGAUGAGUGAAAAGUGUGCAGUGAUGAAGGAACACACAGAAGAAGCUAAAAGUCUGGAUAGAUUGGCAGAUGAAAGUCAAUGGCAAGAAACUGAACAAGCAUUUAUAGAAAGACAUGAAAAAACGUCUGAAGUAGAAAGGAUUCUAGAGAAAUGUAAAUUGAAAGAGGAGGAAUGUUACAGUAGUGUCACAAUAACUACCAAGGCAGAGCAUGAAGUGAAAGCUGAGUAUGUUACAGUAGUAAAACAACAAGAAAUUUCAACUGAAGAGGCCAAAGUGAAUUUAAAAGUAAUAAUUCCAGGUGAAAUCACAGAUGAAGGUGCUCCAGAAGUGGAUGGAUCUGAAAGUGAAACACAUGAAGCAAAGCUUGAGCUGUCCCAGGAAUUUAAGCAAGUGGUGGACAUGGUGCCUAACUUAGAAUCAAAAUGCAUGAAAGUAACUGUAACAGAAGCCCCUUUGCAGAAUGAGACAGAAGAUGCCAUGCUCUCUUUGGAAUCAAAACGUACAGAAGCAACUGCAGCUCAGUCCCCCAUACAGAGUCAGGGGACUGACAUCCCAGUGCAGAGUGAAAGGGAACAUGCCAGGGAGGCCUUAGAACCAAGAUGUACAGAAGCACUUGUAGAUGAGGCCCCUGGGCAGAGUGGGGUAACUGAGGUUCCUGAGAAGAAAGAGGUGGAAGAUGCCAUGCUUAUCUUAGAAUCAGAAUGCACUGAAGCAGUUGCAACUGAAGCUCCAGUGCAGAGUGAUGUGACUGAGGCCUCUGUGCAAAGUGAGGGGCAAGAUGCUAUGCUUACCUUGGAAUCAAAGGGCACUGAGGCCACCGUGCAGAGUGAGGUGGAAGGAAUUGCUACUGAGGGGUUGAUGCAGAGUGAGGUAACGGAGGCUCCUGUGAAGAAAGAGGUGGAAGGUGCCGUGCUUAUCUUAGAAGCAGAAUGCACUGAAACAGUUUCAUCUGAGGCUCCAAUGCAGAGUGAUGUGACUGAGGCCGCUGUGCAGAGUGGGGUGGAAGAUGCUGCGCGUAUUGUGGAAAAAGAAUGCACAGAAGCACUUGCAACUGAGGCUCCCAGGCAAACUGAGGUGCAAGAUGCCGUGCUUCUCUUGGAAUCGGAAUGCACAGAAGCAAUUGCUGCUGAGGUCACUGUGCAGAGUGAGGUAACUGAGGAGGCCACAGUGCAGAAUGAGGUGGACGAUUCCAUGCUUACCUUCGAAUCAAAAUGCACAGAAAUCACUGCAAUGGAGACCGCCAUGAAGAGUGAGGGAACUGAGAUCCCUAUGCAGAGUGAGAUGGAAGAUGCCCUGCUUUCCUUAGAAUCAAAAUGUCCAGAGGCAGUUGUAACUGGGGACGCCAUGCAGAGUGGGGUAACUGAGGCACCUGUGAAGAGAGAGGUAGAAGAUGCUGUGCUUACCUUAGAAUCAGAACGCACUGAAGCGGUUGCAACUGAGGCUCCCAUGCAGAAUGAUGUAGAAGAUGCGCCAUCUAACUUAGAAUCAGAAUACCCGGGGGCAGUUGUAAAUGGGGCCCCUCUACAGAGUGACAUACAUCCUAAAGAACUGCCUGUGUAUGGAAAGGGAGAUGAAGAGGAGCCCAUGGAAGCAAAACAAACACUUCUAUUGACUGUGACAAGUUCAAAUGACAAUCAGCAAGAGGAAACCAAGUUUGAGCUAAUGACGGAAGUGGAAAAAGAUUUGUUUGAACCUGGAAAAUUGGAACUUGCAAGCGGUGAUAAACUUUAUUCAACUCCAGUGCAGCAAGAGAUUUUAGCUGUGCAGCUGGAAGAUACUGGCUCACCCAUUCCUACUAUUGAAAGCUCUGAGGCUCAAAAAGCAUAUGUGCCUGUAACAGCUGCAGCAGUUGAAGAACAAAUCAUUGCAGAAACUGUAACAUCUAUGGAAACCUCAGCUGAAACUUUAGAGUCUUUAGCAGCAGUGCCUGAAAAACUAUUUUCUGAACUAGUCCAAGAUAUUACCAUUGCUCAUUCAGGAGUUGAGGCUGCAGACAGUAGGAGUGAAGAAACUGCAACACUGUCCGUAUCAGAGAUGACCGCUGCAAUGGUGGAUGGAAUGACUGAGGAAGCAACAAGCUGUACACAACCUGAUUUGGUCCAAAAAGAUUACGUGGAUGACGCAACCCAGGGGAAGGAGCAACAGAAGCCAGAGUGUAGGGAAGAAGCUGGGGAAAAAAUAGUUUCUCAAGAUAAAGAAAGCCCAUCUCUAACCCACGUAGAAUUCGUAAAAGAUGUUCAGUCUGUCACUAUAGAAUCUCAGAGUACAAAAAUUGUAUUAAAGAUCAUUCAGACUGUCGUUGAAAAACUUGAAAGAACAGAAGAGCCAGCUGCUGUGUGCAUGGCAUCUGAAUCAAAGCAGCAGAUUGAAUCAACAGACGGAAGUCAAAACGGUAUAAAUAGAGCUGAAGUUCAGGAAAGUGUACAGGCUCAUCAGCAGCUUCUCGUAAAAGGUGAAAAGACAAUAGAGGGUAAAGAACGAGAGUUCCAGCAACCAAGUACAGUCAAACAUACUAUUGUAACACAGUCUGCGGAGAAACAAGCUACUCUCGAACAAACAGAAGAUGUGCCAUUAACUUCUGAUAUGUCAAAAGAGGGAGAAAUUCAGGAUUCAGGAAAGAUUGUAGCUGUCCCUGAAGAUGUUUCAAGUGAAAGUUUAGGGGCUCAAAAAUCAGCGAUAGAUAUGAGUGUUUCAGAAGACUUAUCCAAAGAGACAAGAACAGACCAACCAAAGCUAAAGGAAAAAGAAGCGGGGCAGACUGUGGCCACCCAAGAGAAAUAUAUGGUUCAGCAAACACAUAUAGAAAGGAAGGAAGACAAACAUAGCCAACCAGUGGAAGACAUGAAGAGACACACAGAGGAAGAUGUAAAUAAUCAAGAAUAUGCAUCUUGUGGGAGUCCACAAUCAAAGUCAGAGCUCACCAAAUCUUGAGGCCCAAUCCGUUCUGUUAAAUGUGUGUGCUACAUUUGGAGAGACCAGAAUGUGAAGAAGGCAAGAGCAGAAAGUGGAAUCUGCUGAUUGGUCUGUAGACCAAUAUUUCUGAAUUGUGAGAUUAGACCAUCAAUAUCUGACGUCAUUCCUUGAGAGUAGCUGACAAUCCUGAGGCAAGAUCAGGAGCUUUAGUCAUCACCCUCUACUCUUUUCAAGACUUCUUUAUUUUUGUUUGAUGAAAUGAUUGAAAAAAGUGAUGUCUUUGAUUUAAAUGAUUUCCAUAGCCUAUUGGCAAUGCCCAGUUUCUAUUGUUCCAGAUUUCCCCCUUCUAACAUGCUUCCAAAACUGGAGUAUAAUUCUUGGUGUAUUUAUAUGUAUAUCAUAAACCCACUUCUGAUUUUAAUGUAUAUGUUCUCUAUCUUAUGUUAAAAAUACAAAAUGAUAUACAUUUGCAUCAUUAUAUGAGACUAAGUGCAUGUGACCAUGGUGAAGCACUGUGAGUGAGCUACAGCUGGCCACAAAUUAUCUUCAUGAAAUUUAGGCAGGUUUUCCACUUAGUGGAAGGGUGUAAGAACUGAUAUUUAAGGCAUUAUGCUAGUCGUUGUUCCUGCUUCCAUAAAAGAACAUUCAUGAUCGAACAAUUCCUACUUGGAAACCUACUGAUGUAAAUUAUUAGGCAGAAGUUAAUUUUGCAUCACUUCCUCUAUAGGAAGUGCACUAUAAUUUUAUUGAAAAAAUUUAAAGUUCACUUUAUUGCAAUUUGAUUUUUCUGACAGCACCUGGUGGAAGCUGGAAGUCUUUAAGAGUUACAAAUUUAUCCAUUUCAAAUUGUUCAGCAACCUUGAAAUGGCGAUUUCAAGAAAUUAUUGUGCUUAAAUCUCUGAGACAAAAUAUUUCAGCGUUAUGAAGAAAAGGAUUAACUGUUAUUAUUUUUGCAUUCUAAUGUUACCCUGUCUCCUGGACCACACAAAUGCCAUGAAAUGAGACGUUCUUUUUAAAAAAAUGUUUUGAUAGAUACUGGAUUAUGUCCGCUCCAUAUUUAUGCCCACUUCUUUUCAGAACAGUGUGUUUCAUUAUGCUCAUGUACAUUUGGCAGAUCGUGAUUUCUGAAAAUGAUUUAAAUAAAAUCUUUGCUUAUACUUCUCUCUGUUGGUUUUAAUUAAGACUUGGCAAACCUGGAUCAAAAUAUUUCUCAAUUUUGUCAGGUGUUAAGUUACAAGUGUAGAUCAGUGCAUACAUAAAACUGGGCAGGCUUGAAAUAUUAAAUAACUGAACAAUUAUUAAGUGUUCAAAGUAUUCUGUACCCGACCUUCUAGGCACAGAGCAAGCAUGGUGGGUCGUCAGUAGUUUUAGAUCUGGUUUCUAAAAUAAAUGUUAUACGUUGCACUUUGUGAACUUCACACCAUUCUGGUUGAGCAAGAUGUUGACCAAUAACUUCAUUAUCCUAUCUAUAUAGUAAUUUAUUUUAAAAUGAACUGUUUCCUUCUAGUGUACCAAAUGUUCUUGUUACGUCAGGUGCCUCCCAGUCUCUGGGGCUGCACAGAGUGCAAGCAAAGAAAUGUGACAGAUUACACUGUUGUGAUUGCACCAUCUGGUGGUGGUUUUCUGCAACUUGCAGCUUGUUACUCGUAUGUUAGCCAACUAAUUCACCUCUGGCAAGCAGAUAUGGGUUUCUCCUAAAAUGUGUAUAAAACAUCACAUCUUGCACGGCAUCUGCUAACAAAAUAUGGCCAUGUCUGCACUAUAAGAUUGCUCAUAUAGCCACAUUAUGCCUACGGGGGAGAGCUCUCCCGUUGACAUAAAACCUGCUUAACGAGUGGUGGUAGCUAUGUCAGUGGGACAUAAUGCUGUGUACCCAAGUGUUUAUGCCGGCGAAGCUUAUGUCACUCAGGGAUGUGGGUUUUUUUCCACACCCCAGAGCGUCAAAAGUUUUCCCGACAUGAGUGCUAGUGUAGACAUGCCUUAGUCUUGAGGCGAAAAGUGACAGGAUCCUUGUGCUGUAACUGCUAAAUGAGAAUUCCAAAUAUCAGAUUGUUAGUUUGAGCAUAUUCCCACUGUAUUUGGCAUAAACCAUCUCAUCACAAAGUAUUGGAGCAGGGAGAUAUUGGUCAUCAGGAGUUAGAAACACAAAGUAAUUUCUGCAGAAAUAUCCAGUUAUGUGAAGUGUUUAUAGCUAUCUUCUGAACAUUUUAGGGUACAUGAGAAAAUGGAGGGUUGAAUGUAUUUUUGUUAAAAAAAAUUAGUUUACAAUUCUUCUCUUUUCUUCAUUUUACCAUCUCUCCCCUCACUCCCUUGCUACUCUCUGUAACAGCACUCAAAGUGCUUAGCCCAGGAACAAUGUUUAAAAAAAAAAAAUUAGAGAAAUUUUAGCAGAAGUCUUUUUUCCCUUGAUGGUUUUAACUGUAGUUGAAUAUCACUUCAAUCCUAAAAUUGGGAAACUAUUCUGAAUUAAGAGCAGGUCUCUAGUAACUUGUACUACAGGCAGAUGCUGCUGCAGUAAAACAUUUAACCCGGGACACCUUAACCCUAAAGAACAACCUAGUGCUCAGAACCUUGGAAUCCCUUCUUUCAGCUCACUCAUAUUUUAACAGAAGUUAGUCGUGCAUGUGAGACUCGAGGCUUUAUAUAAAUGUUUCUCCAAGACACUUUGAUACUGUACUUAAAAUGAAUUAGGAUCUUCACUCUGCUAUGAUUUUACCUGACAUAAUGCACACGCACGCUGUGUGUGUGUGUGUGUGUGUGUGUAACAUUGAAAGGAGAGGUUGGUAUAAUUAACGGAUGGAACUCUGGGGAUGCCCAGAAAAAAGCAGUGUCCUUUAGCUCUCUAAAAAGUCAGUAUUCUCCUACAAAGAACAUGGCAGGAAGGGCCUUAUUUUUGGCCCAAUUAUAAAUGACACCAAUCUGCAUUGUCACCAGUGCAACUUGCUAGAGUACUCCCAUGAGUGCAGAAUAUAAAGAUUUUUCUUAACUCACAGAAAAAUAUAUAAAAGUUAAAAAAUGUGAUCUCAACCAAUCCAGUCUCUUUCCUACCCCUUAUCUUUGGGCAUGAAUUACAAAAGUAAUUCUGACAAUGGCUGUCAGUUCCCAGAGUUUAUGUUGCUUGCGUUAUUUGUGCUUUUUAUAACACCAUGCAAAUGUGAAAUCGGUUACGUUUGUACAAAAUUAUAUACCUAUGUACGUUAAGCCAUAUUGCAAUAACUGCAACAGGUAAAACAAAAUAACAAUAGCAUGACCUGUGUAACCCUUUGUAGUUCCAAAGCUGUUAAUAAUAUGUAAAGUUAUUUCUUGUCUAAAUCUCAUUUAAAGAAAGCUAGCGUUUCACAAUGGAAAUGGUCUGUUGGUAGAAGCGGAGAAGCAAGUGCUUAAAUCUUGCUUGUUUUUUAUAUUAAUCCUGGGCCUAGCUAAGCAAUGCAACAAAUGUGAACUGUAUAACCAAUGUUUCUCCUUGUUACAGACAUCUAUAAAAUAGGGCACCAUUAAGACCUUCCUAAUGGUGCAAGGAACAUCUCUCUACACACAGAUACUACUUUGUUCCAGCCAAUUGCUUUGGCCCCUGAAAUACUCAGGCUGCAACCUGUAGCUUGUGCUUAAACUCCAAGCUUGCAGCUUCCUCUAAUCCAAUGUACUGGGUUUAAAAAAAUGUUGAUUUUCUAUUUUCUGUUUUUAAGGUAGAUUUUCACUGACUAAAUAAAGUACAACCACAAGUUCAUUCUAA